CCCGAUUUGGGGGAUCUCUAUCCUGGUUUGGGGGGUCCUUGACCCGGUUUGAGGGGUCCUUGUCCCGAUUUGUGGCUCCCUCUCCCAGUUUGGGAGGUCCUUGGCCCGAUUUGGGGCUCCCUCUCCCGGUUUGGGGCUCCCUCUCCCGGUUUGGGAAGGUCUUUGGGAUAUUUGGGGGCUCCCUCUCCCAGUUUGGGGGCUCUCUCUCCCAGUUUGUGGCUCCCUCUCCCAGUUUGUGGCUCCCUCUCCCAGUUUGUGGCUCCCUCUCCCAGUUUGGGGGCUCCCUCUCCCAGUUUGGGGGCUCCCUCUCCCAAUUUAGGACUCCCUCUCCCAGUUUGGGAAGGUUUUUGGGAUAUUUGGGGCUCCCUCUCCCAAUUUAGGACUCCCUAUCCCAGUUUGGGAAGGUUUUUGGGAUAUUUGGGGGCUCCCUGUCCCAGUCUGGGGUUCUCUGGGAUCAUCCCUUCCGUUUUCCCUCACGUCCCCUCCGUUUUUCCGGGUGUUUUUCCCAGAAAAAGGACCCGGCUCAGUUCCUGCAGGUUCACGGCCGCGCCUGCAAAGUGCACCUGGACUCGGCCGUGGCCCUGGCGGCAGAGAGCCCCGUCAACAUGAUGCCCUGGCAGGGGGACACCAACAACAUGAUCGACCGCUUCGAUGUCCGCGCCCACCUCGACUUCAUCCCCAUGUACACCCCGGCCCUGCUGAGCCCCACCUCCCCGGAGCAGGAGUCGGACGAGCGUAAAUGCAACUACGAGCGCUACCGGGGGCUGGUGCAGAACGACUUUGCUGGCAUCUCGGAGGAGCAGUGCCUGUACCAGAUCUACAUCGACGAGCUCUACGGGGGCCUCCAGAAACCCAACGAGGAGGAGAAGAAGAAGCUGGCGGAGAAGAAAGCCUCCAUCGGCUACACCUACGAGGACAGCACCGUGGCCGAGCUGGAGAAUUCCCUGGAAAAGCGGGCGGAGGACGAGGAUUCCGAGGAGGAUUCCAACUCGGACGAGGAUGAAGUGAUCCCUGACAUCGACGUGGAGGUGGACGUGGACGAGCUGAACCAGGAGCAGGUGGCGGAUCUGAACAAACAGGCCACGACCUACGGGAUGGCCGAGGGAGAUUUCGUCAGGAUGCUGAGGAAGGACAAGGAGGAGGCCGAGGCCAUCAAAAAUGCCAAAGCCUUGGAGGAGGAGAAGGCCAUGUACUCGGGCCGCCGCUCCCGCCGGCAGAGGAGGGAAUUCCGGGAGAAACGCCUGAAGGGACGGAAAAUCAGCCCCCCCAGCUACGCCCGCCGGGACAGCCCCACCUACGACCCCUACAAGCGUUCCCCGUCGGAGUCGUCGUCGGGGUCUCGCUCUCGCUCUCGGACGCCGUCUCUGGGGCGGGAGGAGAAGAUCACCUUCAUCACCAGCUUCGGCGGCAGCGACGAGGAGGCCUCGGCCACGGCCACGGCCGCCGCUUCCCGGGGACCCGGAAUGCCCGGGAAGAGCCCGGCGCCCGGAGCCGCCGCCGUGCACCAACACCACCAACAUCAUCAACACCAUCAACAUCAUCAACAUCAUCACCACCACGGCGCGUCCGCACGGCGCCGCUCCUCUCCGUCCUCCUCGUCCUCCUCGUCGUCCCCGUCGUCGUCGUCGUCGUCGUCGCGCUCGAGCUGCCGCUCCCGCCGCGGGGGCGGCUCCGGCUCCGGCUGCUCCCGCCGCUAUUCCCGCAGCUCCCGGCGCCGCUCCCGCUCCCGCUCCCGCCGCUGCUCCGGAGGGGGAUCCCGCGACGGCCGCCGCCGCUCCCGCUCCUUCUCCCCGGAGCGGGCUCAUCGCUACGGCUCCCGCCGCCGCUCCAGGAGCCGUUCCCGCAGCUCCCGGCGCGGGGGCCGCCGUUCCCGGAGCUGCCGGCGCUGGAGCAGCUCCCGGAGCAGCCGCAGCUCGGCCGAGUCCCGGAGCCGAUCCCGGUCCCGAUCCCGGAGCCGAUCCCGAUCCCGGUCCCGAUCCCGAUCCGUCAGCCCCGGCCGGGAGAAACCCCCCAGGCCCCCCCCGGCCUCGCCCGGAGUCGGAGACAAGCUGAAAAAGCCGGAGGUGGCUGCGGGUCCCGAGGCGGGAGCUGCCAAAGUCACCCAAAUUGACCCCCAGGAGAAGCUCAAGCUGCGCAUGCAGAAAGGCGCAACAGGCAGU